AGAUUAGCCCCUGUGAAGAACUUAUUUGUCACUGUAACACUAGGCCAUGUUGAAGUAGUGAACUAGCGAACAUUAUCAACGAGAGUAGAUGUUUAAUUGUGGAAGUACAAAAUUGGAUGCUUUACAAAGCUCGGUUGUGGAGGUUGAUAUUCAGUGAUGGCUGACAGUCAUGAUAAUGAUAAGAAUAUCGAGAUAUGGAAGAUCAAGAAACUUAUUAAGGCACUCGAAGCUGCUCGAGGCAAUGGUACCAGCAUGAUUUCUCUAAUCAUGCCUCCACGGGAUCAAGUAUCUAGGGUCACUAAGAUGCUUGGAGAUGAGUUUGGAACUGCAUCAAACAUCAAAAGUAGAGUGAAUCGUCAAUCUGUGCUGGGUGCAAUUACAUCUGCUCAGCAGAGACUUAAACUCUAUAACAAGGUUCCACCAAAUGGGCUUGUGCUUUAUACCGGAACAAUCAUAACUGAAGAUGGGAAAGAGAAGAAGGUUACAAUUGAUUUUGAGCCCUUCAGGCCCAUUAAUGCAUCUCUAUAUCUUUGUGAUAACAAGUUCCACACAGAAGCCUUGAAUGAGCUUUUGGAAUCCGAUGACAAGUUCGGGUUUAUUGUGAUGGAUGGGAAUGGGACACUUUUUGGGACACUGAGUGGCAAUACCAGGGAGGUCCUUCACAAGUUUAGUGUUGAUCUGCCCAAAAAACAUGGAAGAGGAGGUCAGUCUGCUCUGCGUUUUGCUCGUCUUCGGAUGGAGAAACGUCACAACUAUGUGAGGAAAACAGCUGAGCUUGCAACCCAGUUUUAUAUUAAUCCUGCCACUAGCCAGCCUAACGUUUCAGGUCUGAUACUAGCUGGAUCAGCUGACUUUAAGACUGAGCUUAGCCAGUCUGAUAUGUUUGAUCCUCGUCUUCAGGCAAAGAUUUUAAAUGUGGUCGAUGUUUCUUAUGGAGGGGAAAAUGGUUUCAACCAAGCAAUUGAGCUGUCUGCUGAGGUCUUGGCCAAUGUGAAAUUUAUACAAGAGAAGAAGUUGAUAGGCAAAUAUUUUGAGGAGAUCAGUCAGGACACCGGGAAGUAUGUUUUUGGGAUUGAUGAUACCUUGAAAGUUCUGGAAAUGGGUGCUAUUGAGACCCUUAUUGUGUGGGAAAAUCUGGACAUUAAUAGGUAUGUUCUGAAAAAUAACACUUCCGGAGAAACAAUCAUCAAGCACUUGAACAAGGAGCAAGACACUGUCCAAAGUAACUUCCGUGAUCCUGAUACAAAUGCUGAAUUAGAAGUUCAGGAUAAAUUGUCACUACUUGAGUGGUUUGCGAAUGAAUACAGGAGAUUUGGUUGUAGUUUGGAGUUUGUUACCAACAAAUCACAGGAAGGAUCUCAGUUUUGCCGUGGUUUUGGUGGCAUUGGAGGAAUUCUCCGCUACCAGCUUGAUGUUAGAGCUUUUGAUGAACUUUCUGAUGAUGGUGAAGUUUACGAAGAUUCUGAAUAGCAAUUAAGUAAUUUCACAAAUACCAGUGCAGGAGUGGAGCAGGAAGCCUGUACUGGUGCGCGAGGGCUCUCGCCUUACUCGGCUGCUCAUGUGCUUAGCAAAAAAUUACUCGGAGAUCUUCAGAUGGAUGACCUGCAUGAAAAAGUGAAGUAUCCAGUAAUUUCUUCGAGUUUGUCUGAGCUCUAUGAAGAUCACUUCUAUUUCAUAAAUUCUGUUCCCGGAGUCGAGCAGGAAGGUUGCAUUGGUGUGCGAGGGCUCACGCCUGACUUGGCCACUCACGUGCCUAGCAAUAAAUCACUGCAAACUGUUCAUCAGAUAGGGAACUUCUUUCUAGAUGGAUGAACUGCGUGAAGAAAUGACAUUGCUAGUAAUUUCUUUGCAUUUGUCUAAGGGAUCAGAUCGUCACUUUCAUCUCUGAAGUAGCGCGGCUGCUGCUAUGCGCAAGAACUUAAUCUGUGUUUCGUUGUAGUUGACAGGGAGCAGGGAGCUAUUUUUAUGACUGGUAUGUCGUGUGAUAGACCUAUUUCCGCACUAUAGUAUGUAUAGUAUUAUGAUAUUAUCGACGAAGCUGUGAGUUUUGAACUGUGUA